AUCCUCUGAGCAUUAAUUUCCCACUGCUUAGCUUCGUCCAUGGAGUUUGACCUUGAAAAUCCUUUGCAGAACUUUUGCGACCCUCCCUCUUCUCUCUUUCUCAUCGAAUCUCAUCACAUCCCACCCCAAACCUACUUUCGCACUCUCAAGUCCCGAGAUUUCGACAUCACAGUUAGAAGAGAGGUCAUUUCUUUAAUCUACCAGUUGUCCUGCACAUUUGAUCCGCUCUUGUCGUACCUUGCUGUUAACUAUGUGGAUCGCUUCCUUGCCAACCAAGGCAUUUCGCAACCAAAGCCAUGGAUCCUCAGGCUCCUUGCAGUCUCUUGCCUCUCUCUAGCCGCCAAGAUGACGAGAGCAGAAUUUUCUGUCUCUGAUAUACAGGCCUUUCUGAAACAGGGUGAAGGGGGUAUGAUCUUUGAGGCCCCAACAGUGCGAAGAAUGGAGUUACUUAUCUUAGGAGCUCUAAAAUGGCGAAUGCGUUCGAUCACUCCCUUCUCUUUCGUUCCCUUCUUCAUUGCUUUGCUCAGACUCAAGGACCUGCCACUGAGGCAUGUUCUGAAAGAACGAGCCACUGAAAUUAUAAUCAGAUCACAGAAAGAGAUAAGGCUCUUGGAAUUUAAGCCUUCUGUAGUUGCUGCAUCAGCCCUUCUCUCUGCGUCUCACGAAUUGCUACCUUUCCAAUACCCUUGCUUCUUAAGAGCAAUAUUCGAUUGUGCAUAUGUAAAUAAAGAAAAUAUAUUGAAGUGCAAUAAUGUGAUACAAGACAUAACAAUGGAGGGGAACGAGUCUGCGUUCGAUUUGGUUUCAAGUUCGGAGACACCUAUUAAUGUGUUAGACCAUCAUUUUCUGAGCUCAGAAAGCACAAAAACCGGCUCAAUUACUAUUGCUGCCUCUACUCUGAGACAAGAGAAGGACAUUAAGAGAAGGAAAAUAGCUGGUUACGGUGAUAGUCAUGCGCUCCAGAUUUCUCAAAUCGAACAAUGCUGAUCUGAAACAGAGGAAUUUUAAUGCUCUUGCCUCUCCAUCAAUCGAGGACCACUUUGGUGAUGCAGAAAAAAAGAGAGCGAUUAGAGUACGAGAUGAAAUUCGAUGGACAAUAUAACUUUGACAUGGUCCCUGGUACGUCUUGAUAAAUCUGCAGGCUAGAAAAAGCAGAUGAGGGGGAAGACAAGAACGUAAAUUGUGUUUUUCUAGGGACCAAACAAAAGACAAAACAUAACUUUAAAUUCGAGAGUCGAGUUUUUUGCGUUCCUGUUUUGUAGUACUAAGUGUUGUUGUUUGUAUUGUGUCUUUUAGCUUUUGGCAGAGGAAUAAUAGCAGUAAUAGCGUU